CCUCCGGUCGCCGCGGUGCUCGCGCCACCGCGCGCGCAGACGGCGCCGCCCGCGCCGCUGGUGCCGCUGCCGACCGCCGCCGAGACCGCGCCGCCCCUCCCGCCGGUCGCGCGGCCAGAGCCAAAGCUCGCGGCCCCGCUGUUCCCGGACUUGGACGUCCCCGAGGUAAACACCAGGCGCCCGCUGCCUCCGCUCGCGCCGCCUUUCGCGCUCGUCACCUCCACGGCGCCGCUCGACGCCGCUGUUCCCUCUCCACCCAGGGCGACUGCGCGUCCUCCGGUCCCCUUUGCCCCGGCCCCGACCGCGUCGCGGCCCGCGACGAGGGCCAGGCCACCUCCGGCCCCGGACGUCCCGCUGCCCGCGGUCGCAACCGCGCGACCGCCGCGGCCCGCCGUCGCCGUUCCGGAGCCCAGGACCGCGCCGCCGCUGUUGCCCGCCGCGCCGGUGCCCGAGCUGAACGCCAGACGUCCGCUACUACCGCCGCCGCCAGCGUUCGCGCCCGCGCGCGCGCGACGACGCCGCUGCUCGUCCCGGCUCCAGCGGCCCGAGGCCACGCCCGCGCCGCCGCCGGUCGCUUCCGUGCUGGACCCGGCUUGCAACACAAGGACGCCGCCGGCGAGCUCGUCCCGCUCCCGAUCACGACGCGCACCGCGCGCCGACGACCCGCGGUCGACGCGCCCGUCCCGGCGCAAAUCCGCCCGCUGUUGCCACCUUUCGAGGACCCCGAGGCGAACCUGAGCGCGCCGCUGGCGCCGGUCGCGCCCGCAUUUGCGCUCGAGAUGCGGAUCGCGCCGCCGCUCGCCGCGGUGCCCUCGCCGGUCCUGGCCAGGACCGACCCUCCGCUCGUCGCCGCGCUCCCGCCGGAGGCCAGCUGCGUCGACCCGCCGCCCCCGCUCGUCCCGCUCCCGACGCUCACCGUCGCCGCUCCGCCGCGGCCGGCGGUGCCCGAUCCCGAGCCCAGCAGCACCGCGCCAGAGUUGCCGGUCUGCGACGUUCCGGAGCUAAAGACCAGGCGCCCGCUCGACCCGGCGCCUCCGGCGUUCCCGCUCGCCACGCGCACGGCGCCGCCGCUCGCCGCGCUGCCCUCGCCGCCCGUCGCCGCGCAGGCGCCUCCGGUCGCCGCGGUGCUCGCGCCACCGCGCGCGCAGACGGCGCCGCCCGCGCCGCUGGUGCCGCUGCCGACCGCCGCCGAGACCGCGCCGCCCCUCCCGCCGGUCGCGCCGCCAGAGCCAAAGCUCGCGGCCCCGCUGUUCCCGGACUUGGACGUCCCCGAGGUAAACACCAGGCGCCCGCUGCCUCCGCUCGCGCCGCCUUUCGCGCUCGCCACCUCCACGGCGCCGCUCGACGCCGCUGUUCCCUCUCCUCCCAGGGCGACUGCGCGUCCUCCGGUCCCCUUUGCCCCGGCCCCGACCGCGUCGCGGCCCGCGACGAGGGCCAGGCCACCUCCGGCCCCGGACGUCCCGCUGCCAGCGGUCGCAACCGCGCGACCGCCGCUGACCCGCCGUCGCCGUUCGGAGCCCAGGACCGCGCCGCCGCUGUUGCCCGUCGCGCCGGUGCCCGAGCUGAACGCCAGACGUCCGCUACUACCGCCGCCGCCAGCGUUCGCGCCGCGCGACGCGCACGACGCCGCUGCUCGUCCCGGCUCCGCGGCCCGAGGCCCACGCCAGCGCCGCCGCCGAUCGCUUCCGUGCUGGACCCGGCUUGCAACACAAGGACGCCGCCGGCAGAGAGCUCGUCCGCUCCCGAUCACGACUCGCACCGCGCCGCCGCGACCCGCGGUCGGCGCGCCCGUCCCGGCGCAAAUCCGCCCGCUGUUGCCACCUUUCGAGGACCCCGAGGCGAACCUGAGCGCGCCGCUGGCGCCGGUCGCGCCCGCAUUUGCGCUCGAGAUGCGGAUCGCGCCGCCGCUCGCCGCGGUGCCCUCGCCGGUCCUGGCCCGGACCGACCCUCCGCUCGUCGCCGCGCGCCCGCCGGAGGCCAGCUGCGUCGACCCGCCGCCCCCGCUCGUCCCGCUCCCGACGCUCACCGUCGCCGCUCCGCCGCGGCCGGCGGUGCCCGAUCCGAGCCCAGCAGCACCGCGCCAGAGUUGCCGGUCUGCGCGUUCGGAGCUAAAGACCAGGCGCCCGCUCGACCCGGCGCCUCCGGCGUUCCCGCUCGCCACGCGCACGGCGCCGCCGCUCGCCGCGCUGCCCUCGCCGCCCGUCGCCGCGCAGGCGCCUCCGGUCGCCCGCGGUGCUCGCGCCGCCGCGCGCGCAGACGGCGCCGCCCGCGCCGCUGGUGCCGCUGCCGACCGCCGCCGAGACCGCGCCGCCCCUCCCGCCGGUCGCGCCGCCAGAGCCAAAGCUCGCGGCCCCGCUGUUCCCGGACUUGGGCGUCCCCGAGGUAAACACCAGGCGCCCGCUGCCUCCGCUCGCGCCGCCUUUCGCGCUCGUCACCUCCACGGCGCCGCUCGACGCCGCUGUUCCCUCUCCUCCCAGGGCGACUGCGCGUCCUCCGGUCCCCUUUGCCCGGCCCGACCGCGUCGCGCCCGCCCGCGACGAGGGCCAGGCCACCUCCGGCCCCGGACGUCCCGCUGCCCGCGGUCGCAACCGCGCGACCGCCGCGGCCCGCCGUCGCCGUUCGGAGCCCAGGACCGCGCCGCCGCUGUUGCCCGUCGCGCCGGUGCCCGAGCUGAACGCCAGACGUCCGCUACUACCGCCGCCGCCAGCGUUCGCGCGCGCGCACGCGCACGACGCCGCUGCUCGUCCCGGCUCCGCGGCCCGAGGCCACGCCGCGCCGCCGCCGGUCGCUUCCGUGCUGGACCCGGCUUGCAACACAAGGGACGCCGCCGGCAGAGCUCGUCCGCUCCCGAUCACGACUCGCACCGCGCCGCCGCGACCCGCGGUCGACGCGCCCGUCCCGGCGCAAAUCCGCCCGCUGUUGCCACCUUUCGAGGACCCCGAGGCGAACCUGAGCGCGCCGCUGGCGCCGGUCGCGCCCGCAUUUGCGCUCGAGAUGCGGAUCGCGCCGCCGCUCGCCGCGGUGCCCUCGCCGAUCCUGGCCAGGACCGACCCUCCGCUCGUCGCCGCGCUCCCGCCGGAGGCCAGCUGCGUCGACCCGCCGCCCCCGCUCGUCCCGCUCCCGACGCUCACCGUCGCCGCUCCGCCGCGGCCGGCGGUGCCCGAUCCCGAGCCCAGCAGCACCGCGCCAGAGUUGCCGGUCUGCGACGUUCCGGAGCUAAAGACCAGGCGCCCGCUCGACCCGGCGCCUCCGGCGUUCCCGCUCGCCACGCGCACGGCGCCGCCGCUCGCCGCGCCGCCCUCGCCGCCCGUCGCCGCGCAGGCGCCUCCGGUCGCCGCGGUGCUUGCGCCACCGCGCGCGCAGACGGCGCCGCCCGCGCCGCUGGUGCCGCUGCCGACCGCCGCCGAGACCGCGCCGCCCCUCCCGCCGGUCGCGCGGCCAGAGCCAAAGCCCGCGGCCCCGCUGUUCCCGGACUUGGACGUUCCCGAGGUAAACACCAGGCGCCCGCUGCCUCCGCUCGCGCCGCCUUUCGCGCUCGUCACCUCCACGGCGCCGCUCGACGCCGCUGUUCCCUCUCCUCCCAGGGCGACUGCGCGUCCUCCGGUCCCCUUUGCCCCGGCCCCGACCGCGUCGCGGCCCGCGACGAGGGCCAGGCCACCUCCGGCCCCGGACGUCCCGCUGCCCGCGGUCGCAACCGCGCGACCGCCGCGGCCCGCCGUCGCCGUUCCGGAGCCCAGGACCGCGCCGCCGCUGUUGCCCGUCGCGCCGGUGCCCGAGCUGAACGCCAGACGUCCGCUACUACCGCCGCCGCCAGCGUUCGCGCGCGCGCGACGCGACGACGCCGCUGCUCGUCCCGGCUCCGCGGCCCGAGGCCACGCCCGCGCCGCCGCCGGUCGCUUCCGUGCUGGACCCGGCUUGCAACACAAGGACGCCGCCGGCGAGCUCGUCCGCUCCCGAUCACGACUCGCACCGCGCCGCGACCCGCGGUCGACGCGCCCGUCCCGGCGCAAAUCCGCCCGCUGUUGCCACCCUUCGAGGACCCCGAGGCGAACCUGAGCGCGCCGCUGGCGCCGGUCGCGCCCGCAUUUGCGCUCGAGAUGCGGAUCGCGCCGCCGCGCUCGCCGCGGUGCCCUCGCCGGUCCUGGCCAGGACCGACCCUCCGCUCGUCGCCGCGCUCCCGCCGGAGGCCAGCUGCGUCGACCCGCCGCCCCCGCUCGUCCCGCUCCCGACGCUCACCGUCGCCGCUCCGCCGCGGCCGGCGGUGCCUGAUCCGAGCCCAGCAGCACCGCGCCAGAGUUGCCGGUCUGCGACGUUCCGGAGCUGAAGACCAGGCGCCCGCUCGACCCGGCGCCUCCGGCGUUCCCGCUCGCCACGCGCACGGCGCCGCCGCUCGCCGCGCUGCCCUCGCCGCCCGUCGCCGCGCAGGCGCCUCCGGUCGCCGCGGUGCUCGCGCCACCGCGCGCGCAGACGGCGCCGCCCGCGCCGCUGGUGCCGCUGCCGACCGCCGCCGAGACCGCGCCGCCCCUCCCGCCGGUCGCGCGGCCAGAGCCAAAGCUCGCGGCCCCGCUGUUCCCGGACUUGGACGUCCCCGAGGUAAACACCAGGCGCCCGCUGCCUCCGCUCGCGCCGCCUUUCGCGCUCGUCACCUCCACGGCGCCGCUCGACGCCGCUGUUCCCUCUCCACCCAGGGCGACUGCGCGUCCUCCGGUCCCCUUUGCCCCGGCCCCGACCGCGUCGCGCCCGCGACGAGGGCCAGGCCACCUCCGGCCCCGGACGUCCCGCUGCCCGCGGUCGCAACCGCGCGACCGCCGCUGACCCGCCGUCGCCGUUCGGAGCCCAGGACCGCGCCGCCGCUGUUGCCCGUCGCGCCGGUGCCCGAGCUGAACGCCAGACGUCCGCUACUACCGCCGCCGCCAGCGUUCGCGCGCGCGCGCGCACGCGCACGACGCCGCUGCUCGUCCCGGCUCCGCGGCCCGAGGCCACGCCAGCGCCGCCGCCGAUCGCUUCCGUGCUGGACCCGGCUUGCAACACAAGGACGCCGCCGGCGAGCUCGUCCGCUCCCGAUCACGACUCGCACCGCGCCGCGCGACCAGCGGUCGACGCGCCCGUCCCGGCGCAAAUCCGCCCGCUGUUGCCACCUUUCGAGGACCCCGAGGCAAACCUGAGCGCGCCGCUGGCGCCGGUCGCGCCCGCAUUUGCGCUCGAGAUGCGGAUCGCGCCGCUGCCGCCGCCGCGGUGCCCUCGCCGGUCCUGGCCAGGACCGACCCUCCGCUCGUCGCCGCGCUCCCGCCGGAGGCCAGCUGCGUCGACCCGCCGCCCCCGCUCGUCCCGCUCCCGACGCUCACCGUCGCCGCUCCGCCGCGGCCGGCGGUGCCCGAUCCCGAGCCCAGCAGCACCGCGCCAGAGUUGCCGGUCUGCGACGUUCGGAGCUGAAGACCAGGCGCCCGCUCGACCCGGCGCCUCCGGCGUUCCCGCUCGCCACGCGCACGGCGCCGCCGCUCGCCGCGCUGCCCUCGCCGCCCGUCGCCGCGCAGGCGCCUCCGGUCGCCGCGGUGCUCGCGCCACCGCGCGCGCAGACGGCGCCGCCCGCGCCGCUGGUGCCGCUGCCGACCGCCGCCGAGACCGCGCCGCCCCUCCCGCCGGUCGCGCCGCCAGAGCCAAAGCUCGCGGCCCCGCUGUUCCCGGACUUUGGCGUCCCGAGGUAAACACCAGGCGCCCGCUGCCUCGCUCGCGCCGCCUUUCGCGCUCGCCACCUCCACGGCGCCGCUCGACGCCGCUGUUCCCUCUCCUCCCAGGGCGACUGCGCGUCCUCCGGUCCCCUUUGCCCCGGCCCCGACCGCGUCGCGCCCGCGACGAGGGCCAGGCCACCUCCGGCCCCGGACGUCCCGCUGCCGCGGUCGCAACAGCGCGACCGCCGCGGCCCGCCGUCGCCGUUCGGAGCCCAGGACCGCGCCGCCGCUGUUGCCCGUCGCGCCGGUGCCCGAGCUGAACGCCAGACGUCCGCUACUACCGCCGCCGCCAGCGUUCGCGCCGCGCACGCGCACGACGCCGCUGCUCGUCCCGGCUCCGCGGCCCGAGGCCACGCCCGCGCCGCCGCCGGUCGCUUCCGUGCUGGACCCGGCUUGCAACACAAGGACGCCGCCGGCAGAGCUCGUCCCGCUCCCGAUCACGACUCGCACCGCGCCGCCGCGACCCGCGGUCGACGCGCCCGUCCCGGCGCAAAUCCGCCCGCUGUUGCCACCCUUCGAGGACCCCGAGGCGAACCUGAGCGCGCCGCUGGCGCCGGUCGCGCCCGCAUUUGCGCUCGAGAUGCGGAUCGCGCCGCCGCUCGCCGCGGUGCCCUCGCCGGUCCUGGCCAGGACCGACCCUCCGCUCGUCGCCGCGCUCCCGCCGGAGGCCAGCUGCGUCGACCCGCCGCCCCCGCUCGUCCCGCUCCCGACGCUCACCGUCGCCGCUCCGCCGCGGCCGGCGGUGCCUGAUCCCGAGCCCAGCAGCACCGCGCCAGAGUUGCCGGUCUGCGACGUUCCGGAGCUGAAGACCAGGCGCCCGCUCGACCCGGCGCCUCCGGCGUUCCCGCUCGCCACGCGCACGGCGCCGCCGCUCGCCGCGCUGCCCUCGCCGCCCGUCGCCGCGCAGGCGCCUCCGGUCGCCGCGGUGCUCGCGCCACCCGCGCGCGCAGACGGCGCCGCCCGCGCCUGCUGGUGCCGCUGCCGACCGCCGCCGAGACCGCGCCGCCCCUCCCGCCGGUCGCGCCGCCAGAGCCAAAGCUCGCGGCCCCGCUGUUCCCGGACUUGGACGUCCCCGAGGUAAACACCAGGCGCCCGCUGCCUCCGCUCGCGCCGCCUUUCGCGCUCGCCACCUCCACGGCGCCGCUCGACGCCGCUGUUCCCUCUCCUCCCAGGGCGACUGCGCGUCCUCCGGUCCCCUUUGCCCCGGCCCCGACCGCGUCGCGGCCCGCGACGAGGGCCAGGCCACCUCCGGCCCCGGACGUCCCGCUGCCCGCGGUCGCAACCGCGCGACCGCCGCGGCCCGCCGUCGCCGUUCCGGAGCCCAGGACCGCGCCGCCGCUGUUGCCCGUCGCGCCGGUGCCCGAGCUGAACGCCAGACGUCCGCUACUACCGCCGCCGCCAGCGUUCGCGCCGCGCACGCGCACGACGCCGCUGCUCGUCCCGGCUCCGCGGCCCGAGGCCACGCCCGCGCCGCCGCCGGUCGCUUCCGUGCUGGACCCGGCUUGCAACACAAGGACGCCGCCGGCAGAGCUCGUCCCGCUCCCGAUCACGACUCGCACCGCGCCGCCGCGACCCGCGGUCGACGCGCCCGUCCCGGCGCAAAUCCGCCCGCUGUUGCCACCUUUCGAGGACCCCGAGGCGAACCUGAGCGCGCCGCUGGCGCCGGUCGCGCCCGCAUUUGCGCUCGAGAUGCGGAUCGCGCCGCCGCUCGCCGCGGUGCCCUCGCCGGUCCUGGCCAGGACCGACCCUCCGCUCGUCGCCGCGCUCCCGCCGGAGGCCAGCUGCGUCGACCCGCCGCCCCCGCUCGUCCCGCUCCCGACGCUCACCGUCGCCGCUCCGCCGCGGCCGGCGGUGCCCGAUCCCGAGCCCAGCAGCACCGCGCCAGAGUUGCCGGUCUGCGACGUUCCGGAGCUGAAGACCAGGCGCCCGCUCGACCCGGCACCUCCGGCGUUCCCGCUCGCCACGCGCACGGCGCCGCCGCUCGCCGCGCUGCCCUCGCCGCCCGUCGCCGCGCAGGCGCCUCCGGUCGCCGCGGUGCUCGCGCCACCGCGCGCGCAGACGGCGCCGCCCGCGCCGCUGGUGCCGCUGCCGACCGCCGCCGAGACCGCGCCGCCCCUCCCGCCGGUCGCGCCGCCAGAGCCAAAGCUCGCGGCCCCGCUGUUCCCGGACUUGGACGUCCCCGAGGUAAACACCAGGCGCCCGCUGCCUCCGCUCGCGCCGCCUUUCGCGCUCGCCACCUCCACGGCGCCGCUCGACGCCGCUGUUCCCUCUCCUCCCAGGGCGACUGCGCGUCCUCCGGUCCCCUUUGCCCCGGCCCCGACCGCGUCGCGCCCGCGACGAGGGCCAGGCCACCUCCGGCCCCGGACGUCCCGCUGCCCGCGGUCGCAACCGCGCGACCGCCCGCUGCCCGCCGUCGCCGUUCGGAGCCCAGGACCGCGCCGCCGCUGUUGCCCGUCGCGCCGGUGCCCGAGCUGAACGCCAGACGUCCGCUACUACCGCCGCCGCCAGCGUUCGCGCCGCGCGCGCACGACGCCGCUGCUCGUCCCGGCUCCGCGGCCCGAGGCCACGCCAGCGCCGCCGCCGGUCGCUUCCGUGCUGGACCCGGCUUGCAACACAAGGACGCCGCCGGCAGAGCUCGUCCCGCUCCCGAUCACGACUCGCACCGCGCCGCCGCGACCCGCGGUCGACGCGCCCGUCCCGGCGCAAAUCCGCCCGCUGUUGCCACCCUUCGAGGACCCCGAGGCGAACCUGAGCGCGCCGCUGGCGCCGGUCGCGCCCGCAUUUGCGCUCGAGAUGCGGAUCGCGCCGCCGCUCGCCGCGGUGCCCUCGCCGGUCCUGGCCCGGACCGACCCUCCGCUCGGCGCCGCGCUCCCGCCGGAGGCCAGCUGCGUCGACCCGCCGCCCCCGCUCGUCCGCUCCCGACGCGCACCGUCGCCGCUCCGCCGCGGCCGGCGGUGCCCGAUCCCGAGCCCAGCAGCACCGCGCCAGAGUUGCCGGUCUGCGACGUUCCGGAGCUAAAGACCAGGCGCCCGCUCGACCCGGCGCCUCCGGCGUUCCCGCUCGCCACGCGCACGGCGCCGCCGCUCGCCGCGCUGCCCUCGCCGCCCGUCGCCGCGCAGGCGCCUCCGGUCGCCGCGGUGCUCGCGCCACCGCGCGCGCAGACGGCGCCGCCCGCGCCGCUGGUGCCGCUGCCGACCGCCGCCGAGACCGCGCCGCCCCUCCCGCCGGUCGCGCCGCCAGAGCCAAAGCUCGCGGCCCCGCUGUUCCCGGACUUGGACGUCCCCGAGGUAAACACCAGGCGCCCGCUGCCUCCGCUCGCGCCGCCUUUCGCGCUCGCCACCUCCACGGCGCCGCUCGACGCCGCUGUUCCCUCUCCUCCCAGGGCGACUGCGCGUCCUCCGGUCCCCUUUGCCCCGGCCCCGACCGCGUCGCGCCCGCGACGAGGGCCAGGCCACCUCCGGCCCCGGACGUCCCGCUGCCCGCGGUCGCAACCCGCGCGACCGCCGCUGACCCGCCGUCGCCGUUCGGAGCCCAGGACCGCGCCGCCGCUGUUGCCCGUCGCGCCGGUGCCCGAGCUGAACGCCAGACGUCCGCUACUACCGCCGCCGCCCGCGUUCGCGCCGCGCACGCGCACGACGCCGCUGCUCGUCCCGGCUCCGCGGCCCGAGGCCACGCCAGCGCCGCCGCCGGUCGCUUCCGUGCUGGACCCGGCUUGCAACACAAGGACGCCGCCGGCAGAGCCGUCCCGCUCCCGAUCACGACUCGCACCGCGCCGCCGCGACCGCGGUCGGUCGCGCCCGUCCCGGCGCAAAUCCGCCCGCUGUUGCCACCUUUCGAGGACCCCGAGGCGAACCUGAGCGCGCCGCUGGCGCCGGUCGCGCCCGCAUUUGCGCUCGAGAUGCGGAUCGCGCCGCCGCUCGCCGCGGUGCCCUCGCCGGUCCUGGCCAGGACCGACCCUCCGCUCGUCGCCGCGCUCCCGCCGGAGAAUGGCUGCGUCGACCCGCCGCCCCCGCUCGUCCCGCUCCCGACGCUCACCGUCGCCGCUCCGCCGCGGCCGGCGGUGCCCGAUCCCGAGCCCAGCAGCACCGCGCCAGAGUUGCCGGUCUGCGACGUUCCGGAGCUGAAGACCAGGCGCCCGCUCGACCCGGCACCUCCGGCGUUCCCGCUCGCCCGCGCGCGCGGCGCCGCCGCUCGCCGCGCUGCCCUCGCCGCCCGUCGCCGCGCAGGCGCCUCCGGUCGCCGCGGUGCUCGCGCCGCCGCGCGCGCGCAGACGGCGCCGCCCGCGCCGCUGGUGCCGCUGCCGACCGCCGCCCGAGACCGCGCCGCCCCUCCCGCCGGUCGCGCCGCCAGAGCCAAAGCUCGCGGCCCGCUGUUCCCGGACUUGGGCGUCCCGAGGUAAACACCAGGCGCCCGCUGCCUCCGCUCGCGCCGCCUUUCGCGCUCGCCACCUCCACGGCGCCGCUCGACGCCGCUGUUCCCUCUCCUCCCAGGGCGACUGCGCGUCCUCCGGUCCCCUUUGCCCCGGCCCCGACCGCGUCGCGCCCGCGACGAGGGCCAGGCCACCUCCGGCCCCGGACGUCCCGCUGCCCGCGGUCGCAACCGCGCGACCGCCCGCUGACCCGCCGUCGCCGUUCGGAGCCCAGGACCGCGCCGCCGCUGUUGCCCGUCGCGCCGGUGCCCGAGCUGAACGCCAGACGUCCGCUACUACCGCCGCCGCCAGCGUUCGCGCGCGCACGCGCACGACGACGCCGCUGCUCGUCCCGGCUCCGCGGCCCGAGGCCACGCCCGCGCCGCCGCCGGUCGCUUCCGUGCUGGACCCGGCUUGCAACACAAGGGCGCCGCCCGGCAGAGCUCGUCCCGCUCCCGAUCACGACUCGCACCGCGCCGCCGCGACCCGCGGUCGACGCGCCCGUCCCGGCGCAAAUCCGCCCGCUGUUGCCACCCUUCGAGGACCCCCGAGGCGAACCUGAGCGCGCCGCUGGCGCCGGUCGCGCCCGCAUUUUGCGCUCGAGAUGCGGAUCGCGCCGCCGCUCGCCGCGGUGCCCUCGCCGGUCCUGGCCAGGACCGACCCUCCGCUCGUCGCCGCGCUCCCGCCGGAGGCCAGCUGCGUCGACCCGCCGCCCCCGCUCGUCCCGCUCCCGACGCUCACCGUCGCCGCUCCGCCGCGGCCGGCGGUGCCCGAUCCGAGCCCAGCAGCACCGCGCCAGAGUUGCCGGUCUGCGACGUUCGGAGCUGAAGACCAGGCGCCCGCUCGACCCGGCGCCUCCGGCGUUCGCCGCCACGCGCACGGCGCCGCCGCUUCGCCGCGCUGCCCUCGCCGCCCGUCGCCGCGCAGGCGCCUCCGGUCGCCGCGGUGCUCGCGCCACCGCGCGCGCAGACGGCGCCGCCAGCGCCGCUGGUGCCGCUGCCGACCGCCGCCGAGACCGCGCCGCCCCUCCCGCCCGGUCGCGCCGCCAGAGCCAAAGCUCGCGGCCCGCUGUUCCCGGACUUGGACGUCCCGAGGUAAACACCAGGCGCCCGCUGCCUCCGCUCGCGCCGCCUUUCGCGCUCGCCACCUCCACGGCGCCGCUCGACGCCGCUGUUCCCUCUCCUCCCAGGGCGACUGCGCGUCCUCCGGUCCCCUUUGCCCCGGCCCCGACCGCGUCGCGGCCCGCGACGAGGGCCAGGCCACCUCCGGCCCCGGACGUCCCGCUGCCGCGGUCGCAACCGCGCGACCGCCGCGCUGGCCCGCCGUCGCCGUUCCGGAGCCCAGGACCGCGCCGCCGCUGUUGCCCGUCGCGCCGGUGCCCGAGCUGAACGCCAGACGUCCGCUACUACCGCCGCCGCCAGCGUUCGCGCCGCGCACGCGCACGACGCCGCUGCUCGUCCCGGCUCCGCGGCCCGAGGCCACGCCCGCGCCGCCGCCGAUCGCUUCCGUGCUGGACCCGGCUUGCAACACAAGGACGCCGCCGGCAGAGCUCGUCCCGCUCCCGAUCACGACUCGCACCGCGCCGCCGCGACCCGCGGUCGACGCGCCCGUGCCGGCGCAAAUCCGCCCGCUGUUGCCACCUUUCGAGGACCCCGAGGCGAACCUGAGCGCGCCGCUGGCGCCGGCCGCGCCCGCAUUUGCGCUCGAGAUGCGGAUCGCGCCGCCGCUCGCCGCGGUGCCCUCGCCGGUCCUGGCCAGGACCGACCCUCCGCUCGUCGCCGCGCUCCCGCCGGAGGCCAGCUGCGUCGACCCGCCGCCCCCGCUCGUCCCGCUCCCGACGCUCACCGUCGCCGCUCCGCCGCGGCCGGCGGUGCCCGAUCCCGAGCCCAGCAGCACCGCGCCAGAGUUGCCGGUCUGCGACGUUCCGGAGCUGAAAACCAGGCGCCCGCUCGACCCGGCACCUCCGGCGUUCCCGCUCGCCACGCGCACGGCGCCGCCGCUCGCCGCGCUGCCCUCGCCGCCCGUCGCCGCGCAGGCGCCUCCGGUCGCCGCGGUGCUCGCGCCGCCGCCGCGCGCGCAGACGGCGCCGCCCGCGCCGCUGUGCCGCUGCCGACCGCCGCCGAGACCGCGCCGCCCCUCCCGCCGGUCGCGCCGCCAGAGCCAAAGCUCGCGGCCCCGCUGUUCCCGGACUUGGGCGCCCCCGAGGUAAACACCAGGCGCCCGCUGCCUCCGCUCGCGCCGCCUUUCGCGCUCGCCACCUCCACGGCGCCGCUCGACGCCGCUGUUCCCUCUCCUCCCAGGGCGACUGCGCGUCCUCCGGUCCCCUUUGCCCCGGCCCCGACCGCGUCGCGCCCGCGACGAGGGCCAGGCCACCUCCGGCCCCGGACGUCCGCUGCCGCGGUCGCAACCGCGCGACCGCCGCUGACCCGCCGUCGCCGUUCGGAGCCCAGGACCGCGCCGCCGCUGUUGCCCGUCGCGCCGGUGCCCGAGCUGAACGCCAGACGUCCGCUACUACCGCCGCCGCCAGCGUUCGCGCCGCGCACGCGCACGACGCCGCUGCUCGUCCCGGCUCCGCGGCCCGAGGCCACGCCAGCGCCGCCGGCCGCCGGUCGCUUCCGUGCUGGACCCGGCUUGCAACACAAGGGCGCCGCCGGCGGCAGAGCUCGUCCCGCUCCCGAUCACGACUCGCACCGCGCCGCCGCGACCCGCGGUCGACGCGCCCGUCCCGGCGCAAAUCCGCCCGCUGUUGCCACCCUUCGAGGACCCCGAGGCGAACCUGAGCGCGCCGCUGGCGCCGGCCGCGCCCGCAUUUGCGCUCGAGAUGCGGAUCGCGCCGCCGCUCGCCGCGGUGCCCUCGCCGGUCCGGGCCCGGACCGACCCUCCGCUCGUCGCCGCGCUCCCGCCGGAGGCCAGCUGCGUCGACCCGCCGCCCCCGCUCGUCCCGCUCCCGACGCUCACCGUCGCCGCUCCGCCGCGGCCGGCGGUGCCCGAUCCUGAGCCCAGCAGCACCGCGCCAGAGUUGCCGGUCUGCGACGUUCGGAGCUGAAGACCAGGCGCCCGCUCGACCCGGCGCCUCCGGCGUUCCCGCUCGCCACGCGCACGGCGCCGCCGCUCGCCGCGCUGCCCUCGCCGCCCGUCGCCGCGCAGGCGCCUCCGGUCGCCGCGGUGCUCGCGCCACCGCGCGCGCAGACGGCGCCGCCCGCGCCGCUGGUGCCGCUGCCGACCGCCGCCGAGACCGCGCCGCCCCUCCCGCCGGUCGCGCCACCAGAGCCAAAGCUCGCGGCCCCGCUGUUCCCGGACUUGGACGUCCCCGAGGUAAACACCAGGCGCCCGCUGCCUCCGCUCGCGCCGCCUUUCGCGCUCGCCACCUCCACGGCGCCGCUCGACGCCGCUGUUCCCUCUCCUCCCAGGGCGACUGCGCGUCCUCCGGUCCCCUUUGCCCCGGCCCCGACCGCGUCGCGGCCCGCGACGAGGGCCAGGCCACCUCCGGCCCCGGACGUCCCGCUGCCCGCGGUCGCAACCCGCGCGACCGACCCCCGCUGACCCGCCGUCGCCGUUCGGAGCCCAGGACCGCGCCGCCGCUGUUGCCCGUCGCGCCGGUGCCCGAGCUGAACGCCAGACGUCCGCUACUACCGCCGCCGCCAGCGUUCGCGCGCGCGCGACGCGCGCGACAACGCCGCUGCUCGUCCCGGCUCCAGCGGCCCGAGGCCACGCCCGCGCCGCCGCCGGUCGCUUCCGUGCUGGACCCGGCUUGCAACACAAGGACGCCGCCGGCAGAGCUCGUCCGCUCCCGAUCACGACUCGCACCGCGCCGCCGCGACCCGCGGUCGACGCGCCCGUGCCGGCGCAAAUCCGCCCGCUGUUGCCACCUUUCGAGGACCCCGAGGCGAACCUGAGCGCGCCGCUGGCGCCGGCCGCGCCCGCAUUUGCGCUCGAGAUGCGGAUCGCGCCGCCGCUCGCCGCGGUGCCCUCGCCGGUCCUGGCCAGGACCGACCCUCCGCUCGUCGCCGCGCUCCCGCCGGAGGCCAGCUGCGUCGACCCGCCGCCCCCGCUCGUCCCGCUCCCGACGCUCACCGUCGCCGCUCCCCGCGGCCGGCGGUGCCCGCCCGACCGAGCCCAGCAGCACCGCGCCAGAGUUGCCGGUCUGCGACGUUCCGGAGCUGAAAACCAGGCGCCCGCUCGACCCGGCACCUCCGGCGUUCCCGCUCGCCACGCGCACGGCGCCGCCGCUCGCCGCGCUGCCCUCGCCGCCCGUCGCCGCGCAGGCGCCUCCCGGUCGCCGCGGUGCUCGCGCGCCAGCGCGCGCAGACGGCGCCGCCCGCGCCGCUGGUGCCGCUGCCGACCGCCGCCGAGACCGCGCCGCCCCUCCCGCCGGUCGCGCCGCCAGAGCCAAAGCUCGCGGCCCCGCUGUUCCCGGACUUGGACAUUCCCGAGGUAAACACCAGGCGCCCGCUGCCUCCGCUCGCGCCGCCUUUCGCGCUCGCCACCUCCACGGCGCCGCUCGACGCCGCUGUUCCCUCUCCUCCCAGGGCGACUGCGCGUCCUCCGGUCCCCUUUGCCCCGGCCCCGACCGCGUCGCGGCCCGCGACGAGGGCCAGGCCACCUCCGGCCCCGGACGUCCCGCUGCCCGCGGUCGCAACCGCGCGACCGCCGCGGCCCGCCGUCGCCGUUCCGGAGCCCAGGACCGCGCCGCCGCUGUUGCCCGUCGCGCCGGUGCCCGAGCUGAACGCCAGACGUCCGCUACUACCGCCGCCGCCAGCGUUCGCGCCGCGCACGCGCACGACGCCGCUGCUCGUCCCGGCUCCGCGGCCCGAGGCCACGCCCGCGCCGCCGCCGGUCGCUUCCGUGCUGGACCCGGCUUGCAACACAAGGACGCCGCCGGCAGAGCUCGUCCCGCUCCCGAUCACGACUCGCACCGCGCCGCCGCGACCCGCGGUCGACGCGCCCGUGCCGGCGCAAAUCCGCCCGCUGUUGCCACCUUUCGAGGACCCCGAGGCGAACCUGAGCGCGCCGCUGGCGCCGGUCGCGCCCGCAUUUGCGCUCGAGAUGCGGAUCGCGCCGCCGCUCGCCGCGGUGCCCUCGCCGGUCCUGGCCAGGACCGACCCUCCGCUCGUCGCCGCGCUCCCGCCGGAGGCCAGCUGCGUCGACCCGCCGCCCCCGCUCGUCCCGCUCCCAACGCCACCGUCGCCGCUCCGCCGCGGCCGGCGGUGCCGAUCCUGAGCCCAGCAGCACCGCGCCAGAGUUGCCGGUCUGCGACGUUCCGAGCUGAAGACCAGGCGCCCGCUCGACCUGGCGCCUCCGGCGUUCCGCUCGCCACGCGCGCGCGGCGCCGCCGCUCGCCGCGCUGCCCUCGCCGCCCGUCGCCGCGCAGGCGCCUCCGGUCGCCGCGGUGCUCGCGCCACCGCGCGCGCAGACGGCGCCGCCCGCGCCGCUGGUGCCGCUGCCGACCGCCCGCCGAGACCGCGCCGCCCCCCCCCGGUCGCGCCGCCAGAGCCAAAGCUCGCGGCCCCGCUGUUCCCGGACUUGGACAUUCCCGAGGUAAACACCAGGCGCCCGCUGCCUCCGCUCGCGCCGCCUUUCGCGCUCGCCACCUCCACGGCGCCGCUCGACGCCGCUGUUCCCUCUCCUCCCAGGGCGACUGCGCGUCCUCCGGUCCCCUUUGCCCCGGCCCCGACCGCGUCGCGGCCCGCGACGAGGGCCAGGCCACCUCCGCCCCGGACGUCCCGCUGCCAGCGGUCGCAACCGCGCGACCGCCGCUGACCCGCCGUCGCCGUUCGGAGCCCAGGACCGCGCCGCCGCUGUUGCCCGUCGCGCCGGUGCCCGAGCUGAACGCCAGACGUCCGCUACUACCGCCGCCGCCAGCGUUCGCGCGCGCGCGCGACGCGCACAACGCCGCUGCUCGUCCCGGCUCCGCGGCCCGAGGCCACGCCCGCGCCGCCGCCGGUCGCUUCCGUGCUGGACCCGGCUUGCAACACAAGGACGCCGCCGGCAGAGCUCGUCCCGCUCCCGAUCACGACUCGCACCGCGCGCGCGCGACCACGCGGUCGACGCGCCCGUCCCGGCGCAAAUCCGCCCGCUGUUGCCACCUUUCGAGGACCCCGAGGCGAACCUGAGCUCGCCGCUGGCGCCGGUCGCGCCCGCAUUUGCGCUCGAGAUGCGGAUCGCGCCGCCGCUCGCCCGCGGUGCCCUCGCCGGUCCUGGCCAGGACCGACCCUCCGCUCGUCGCCGCGCUCCCGCCGGAGGCCAGCUGCGUCGACCCGCCGCCCCGCUCGUCCCGCUCCCGACGCUCACCGUCGCCGCUCCGCCCGCGGCCGGCGGUGCCCGAUCCCGAGCCCAGCAGCACCGCGCCAGAGUUGCCGGUCUGCGACGUUCCGGAGCUGAAGACCAGGCGCCCGCUCGACCCGGCGCCUCCGGCGUUCCCGCUCGCCACGCGCACGGCGCCGCCGCUCGCCGCGCUGCCCUCGCCGCCGUCGCCGCCGCGCAGGCGCCUCCGGUCGCCGCGGUGCUCGCGCCACCGCGCGCGCAGACGGCGCCGCCCGCGCCGCUGGUGCCGCUGCCGACCGCCGCCGAGACCGCGCCGCCCCUCCGCCGGUCGCGCGGCCAGAGCCAAAGCUCGCGGCCCGCUGUUCCCGGACUUGGGCGUUCCCGAGGUAAACACCAGGCGCCCGCUGCCUCCGCUCGCGCCGCCUUUCGCGCUCGCCACCUCCACGGCGCCGCUCGACGCCGCUGUUCCCUCUCCUCCCAGGGCGACUGCGCGUCCUCCGGUCCCCUUUGCCCGGCCCGACCGGCGUCGCGCCCGCGACGAGGGCCAGGCCACCUCCGGCCCCGGACGUCCCGCUGCCCGCGGUCGCAACCAGCGCGACCGACCGCCGCGGCCCGCCGUCGCCGUUCCGGAGCCCAGGACCGCGCCGCCGCUGUUGCCCGUCGCGCCGGUGCCCGAGCUGAACACCAGACGUCCGCUACUACCGCCGCCGCCAGCGUUCGCGCCGCGCACGCGCACGACGCCGCUGCUCGUCCCGGCUCCGCGGCCCGAGGCCACGCCCGCGCCGCCGCCGAUCGCUUCCGUGCUGGAUCCGGCUUGCAACACAAGGACGCCGCCGGCAGAGCUCGUCCCGCUCCCGAUCACGACUCGCACCGCGCCGCCGCGACCCGCGGUCGACGCGCCCGUCCCGGCGCAAAUCCGCCCGCUGUUGCCACCCUUCGAGGACCCCGAGGCGAACCUGAGCGCGCCGCUGGCGCCGGUCGCGCCCGCAUUUGCGCUCGAGAUGCGGAUCGCGCCGCCGCUCGCCGCGGUGCCCUCGCCGGUCCUGGCCAGGACCGACCCUCCGCUCGUCGCCGCGCUCCUGCCGGAGGCCAGUUGCGUCGACCCGCCGCCCCCGCUCGUCCCGCUCCCGACGCUCACCGUCGCCGCUCCGCCGCGGCCGGCUGUCGCCGAGCCUGAACCCAUGGCCACGUCUCCGGUGUUUCCUGUCACCGCCGAGCCCGAGCUAAACGCGAGCCGGCCACUGCCCCCGCUCGCGCCACCAUUCGUCGAAGUGACGCUUAUGAUUCCACUGCUAGCUAGAACAUCUUCUCUCGAGACUACUGCAGUUGGCCCUCCGCCCCUGGCGCUCCCGCGACCCGAUACUAUCGUCGAGAUUGCCCCCACCCCGCUAGUGCCACUUCCCACGAUCACAUGUACAGACCCACCGCGCCCCUUGGUACUAAUGCCGACACCGAUGGUGAUUCGACCGCUGUUUCCCAGAUUGCUCAACCCCGAGCUAAAGGCCAGCUGA